AUGGCCUUUUACCUCUCCCACUUCACUCACCGGUCCAUCUUGUGGUCGAACACGAUCGAAAAACUGGUGCAGUUCAAUGAACGGUAUUGGUUCACCCCGGUCGACAUAACGAAUCUGAAAGACCUUGAGUUUACUGACAAGUACAGUUUUAACAAAUUAGUUUCAAGAUACAACAGCACUGCAAACAAGUUUUUUGGGUACACGGAACACAAAUCAGUAAAGGUUCUAUCUGUGAAAUCAGGCAGUCAGAGACACUCCACUAUGCUGGUGUGCAGUGCAUAUAACUUCUACCCGAAGGGAAUCAAACUGACUUGGCUGAGAGAUGGGAAGGAGGUGAAGACUGAUGUGACUUCCACUGAAGAGCUCUAUGAUGGAGACUGGUACUAUCAGAGCCCAGGAUCUUCAAAUGGGCUCCUCAGCCAAGAAACCGACAGAAACAAGGUAAUCAUUGGGACUUCUGGACUGGUUUUGGGACUGAUUCUCAGACUUGCUGGAGUGAUUUACUACAAAAAGAAGUCAUCAGGUGAGAUUUUGCUGGUUUUAAAAUAUUAUGUUAGUAUUGCUUGA